CAGCUUCAUUCUCACCCGCAAAGAUGCUGUCCCGAACCGCCAUGCGCCUCCCCACCACCAUGGCCCGCCGCGGCUUCCACACCACCCGCCCCCAGCUCUCUUCACCACACCACUACCCCGAAGGCCCGCGAAGCAACAUCCCCUUCAACCCGCUCACACGCUUCUUCUUCGUCCGGUACUGGGCGUACAUGGCAACGGGCUUCUUCAUGCCGUUCGGCAUCGCAGUCUGGCAAACGUACAAGAACGGUUAAGCGACGCAAAGGAUUAGAGGGCACUCCGGUGACUGUGUACAUACGAGAUGGCGGUUGGAGCCGUUGAUAUAUUCAAGCAUGGUCAACGGCAAGAUAUGGACUCACCGUUUGAUCUGUGCAGCAAGGAUGGAGACAGACUACUACGACACA